AUGCUUACAGAAUAUACCUAUGUCUUCGCCAUUGGCACGUUCUUCGCCUUACUGGAAGCAUACAACAACGGUGCUAACGAUGUCGCGAACGCUUGGGCUACGAGUGUGUCGUCUCGCUCGGUCACAUACCAGCAGGCAAUGAUUCUAUGUCUCAUCUUCGAAAUGACCGGUGCCCUCACCGUCGGCGCACGUACAGCCUCUACCAUCAAAAAUGGCAUUAUCCCGAUCGCGGCUUUCAACGGCAACGCUCCUGUGCAGCUCCUUGCAUUCACCUGCGCGGCCGCCGGUGCUUCUAUCUGGGUUAUGUGGUGUACUCGCAACUCCGCCCAUGUGUCUUCGACGUAUUCUCUUGUCUCCUCGAUUGCUGGUGUCGGAGUUGCUGCGGUUGGAGCUCGUAACGUUGAGUGGGGAUGGAGUGGUGGAUCUGGUCUCGGCGCCAUCUUCUCGGGUCUGAUUCUUGCUCCCCUCGGCUCCGCCGCCUUUGCCUCAAUUAUCUUCCUCUUGAUCAAGCUCACGGUCCACGUGCGGAAAGAUCCCGUUCCGUGGGCUGUCUGGACAUCUCCAUUCUUUUUCUUGAUUGCAGGCACCAUUUGUACCUUAUCCGUCGUGUACAAGGGAUCUCCCAGACUCGGUCUGACCGACAAACCUGCGUGGUACAUCGCCUCCGUCACCCUCGGUGUUGGCUUCGGACUCUUCGUAUUGGCAGCCAUCUUUUUCGUUCCAUACGUACAUGCCAAGGUCAUUAAGAAAGACUACACCCUCAAGCUGUACCACAUUUUCCUGGGCCCUGCUCUUUUCUCCCGUCCAGCUCCCCCUGACGCCGAAUUCGCCAAAGUCCCAAACUACGCUGUGUUGCAGCACGGUCUCGAGCACGCAGACCGCGUGCUACCCCCAACCCUAGAUGAAUCUGCGGCCGAUUCUACUGGCGAGAAACAGAGAGCCGUCGAGUCUGGCAGCCAGUCCGGAUCUGAUGAGUCUGGUGCUCCGCCCCCUCAGCAUACUCAUGCUGAAUACAAGGCUCUCCUGGCACAGGCUCGCGAGCAGCAUCAUGCUGAUCUCCGUAAAGGCCGUGGACUUCUUGGGUGGGCGAUGCGCUGCUGUCAUCGUAACCGUCUUGGUGCUGGAUCCGUCUACGAAUUGCACAACCUCAAAGCUAUCGUCAAGCGCCUUCCUGCUCAGGUUGUUGUUGCUGCUUUGUAUGGUGUACACUUCGAUAUCCACAAGUCUCAGCUUGGCGUUUUGGGUACACCGGAAGGAAAGCGCAUGGACCGCGUCUACAGCAACGCACCGAAAUACUCUAAUGAGGUUGAGUACCUUUACUCUUUCGUUCAGAUCAUCACUGCCUGCACAGCAUCUUUUGCACAUGGUGCUAACGAUGUGGGAAAUGCCGUUGGUGUUUGGGCGGCCAUGUACUCUGCGUGGAGCACUGGCGAGACCGUAGGUGCUAAAGCCGAUGUUCCUCUUUGGCAAAUCGCCGUAAUUGCCUUGACCAUCUGCAUUGGUUUCAUGACCUAUGGCUACAACAUCAUGCGAGUCAUGGGCAACAAGAUCACUUAUCAUUCCCCAUCCCGUGGAUCAUCUAUGGAAAUGGGAGCCGCCAUUACYAUUCUUAUCUUCUCCCAGUACAAGCUUCCAGUCUCGACAUCCAUGUGUAUUACUGGGGCAACCGUGGGUGUGGGCUUGAUGAACGGUACUUUCAAGGCCGUUAACUGGCAGCGUGUGGGCUUGCUGUUCUUUUCAUGGGUCAUGACGAUCCCGAUUGCUGGCCUUAUUGGUGGUAUCACGAUGGGUCUGUUCCUCAACGCUCCGAGUUACUAA